UGUCUGACCAGUGACUAGUAAGUGAGUCAGUUUGGUGGAUGCCGGUUGGUUCGGUUCACUCAGUAGCUUGUGAUUGUGUUGUUGGGCAGUUCGAAGUGAUUGGAUAAGAGAGUUGUGUAUUGGCGGUUGUUGGAUUUGUGCGUUGAGCCAGUUUGUUCAAUCCUUCACAGUUCGUAAUCUGUUUGUGUUUUAAAAAUCUGUGGUUAUUAAUUUUUCUAUUCCUUAGGUAACCUAAACACAAAUUCAAGAAAAAUGACAAAACUAAGCGUGUUUUCCUUGGUAUUUAUUGCCAUUUUUGGAUGUCAUGUCGCUUACGGCAUGGACUGCUCGCUGGGCACGUCGAAGGACAUUAUUAGCGAGUUUAUAAGCCACUGCCCUAGACCGUUGUUUGACUCCAGUGAUGAGUCCUACUGCUGCUGGAAACCGAAUGGUAUCGGUGAUAAGUAUGACGUGCAUUGCUGCACCUUCGUCGAUUUUGUCUUCAACAGUAUCUCCCUGGCUCUGCCGAUCAUCAUCAUCUGUCUGGUGGUGUCGUUCAUAGUGAGCUGUGUGUGCUGCCUGUGCUGCCCCUGCUGUUGCUUCUACAAGCGUAGGAGUGGCGGAAGCGUUGAACGGCUGCAGAUUCAGCACCAACAGUUGCAGAUUCAGCAGCAACAAGUGCUGUUGCAACAACAACAGCUGGAGCUGGAGUUGCAGCGACAGCAGUUGCUCGUGCAGCAACAACAAAUGUUGCAACAGCAGCCGGUUCAAUUGUCCUCACAGUUUCCCCCGCCGUACUCGGCUCCCGUUGACAACAAGAAUUAGCUUAGGCGUUGCGUCUAACUCGCAGGGGUGUUGCGGCCAGGCCCGAUAGCUGUGACUGUUGGACCGUUGCCCCCCCAAGCACCCUACCAACCCCUCUCUCGUUCUGAUGGGCGAGGUUGGCCAGCUUAAGAAUCUUUUCCAUUUUAACUUAUUCUCUCUUUGAUUUGUGAUCUUCAUCAUGGACAAUGACACUGUGACUUCAAUCAAAUUGUAUCUUCCUUCUUCUCAGUUUGUUCUUCCGAUUGCCAUCAUUGAACAUACUCUAAUUUAAUUUACUAUCACUGGUAAACGAGAAUACAAAUAUUUUCCAAUAUUAAUUUUAGAAUAAUAAAAUUAAUAUUGAAAAUAUUUAUAUUCAUUUCCAGUGAUAGUAAAUUGUACUUUUUCCCAAUGCUUCAAGAUUCUUCAUACUGUAGUUUGUAAAUCAUAUUAGAUAUUGUGUUAGGUUAAGGUAAGUUUAGUCAGUUUUUAUAUACUUAACUAUAGUUUGUUUUAAAUUUAAAUACAAUAUAUUAUUCCUUUAAGUUUUAAUUUGACAAUAUAAGCAAUACUUCAUUUUAUACAUUUUUGUAAGUUUGUUUUAUUGUGGAACUUGUCUACUUCUUGUAUUUUUAUUUUUUGAUUCAGACGUAUUUUAUCCAACCUGUUUUUAAUCAGAUAUUAGUAGUAACUAAAAUACUUAAAGUAAUGCUUUUGAAAUUUGUUUUAUUGCGGAACUACUUGAUAUUAAUAGAUAGCUACGGUGAUGCUUCAUUUUAUAAAUUUUUUUUAAUUAGUUUUGAAGUGUAAUUGGUUUAUUUCUUGUAGCUAGUUUUUUUUUUUUUUUUUAUCUGAAUAUACAUAUUUUAUCUCAUUAAAUUUUAAUCUGAUAUUAUAAGAAAUAAUCAACGUCUACUUAUAUAAUAAAGGAAUGUAUAGUCUAGAGAUUUUUUUAAUGAGUCAAAAGGAGCAUUCGAUCUGCUAGUGGAUGUUUAAGGUAUUAUAUAUUAGUCCAGCUAAGUUAAUGUGAAGUGCCAAAACAGUAUCUCCUACUAACAUGCAUUUACAGAAAAUACGUUCUGAACGUUGUUACCGCCUGUCAAUUUUGUUCCUAGAGACAUUCCUAAAUUAGUAAUUGUGAAAUAGUUUUGGGCAUUUUUAACCACAUAGCUGUUUCUACCAAAAAUAUGUACAUAUAUGUGUUAUUUUAACGAAAAAAACCAUGGGUUGAUGUGCCUUAUUGCCCCAUAAUGUAGUGUUACGUUUCCAUUGGGUAUGUUUAACAAAAUUCUGAUAUUUUCAAUUGUUUUAUAAGAUACUUGGAAAACCAAACAAAUGGCAUAAAUUUAGUUAUUAUUUACACAUAUUUUUUGAGUUUAUUAUUUGUCAUAAGUAUCUAAAUUUAACUUUUCAAUAAAACAUGUAUAAUAAAUAGAUCAAACGAAUACCCUGUUUUAUAUUGUGAAUUUUUUGUUAAACAUGCCCUAGUUUACUAUUUUACAGUUAGAUAUUUUUGUAAGUUUUAGCUUAUAUAAUUUGCCCAUUGCGACUCGGCUGUCUAUUUUUGUCCAUUUCAUAAUCAGCUCUAUUGUAAUAAUAAAAGUACGAUUUUUAAGAAUGAA